AUAGUGGGAGAAAGGCCACGGAAGGCCGAUUGAGAACGAGAACUCAAACCUCAAACGGUUCACUCAGUCUCAUCGUUGAAUCCUACCGCGCAUGUUGAUGAUCAGGCUGCAGAAACCAGCCCAAACCUAGUUUCUUCUUUUUUCCUUUCUAAAAACAUUCAGUGACAUUCGCGAAAAAUGGUACGCAGUUUGGCCCAGUGGACAAAAACUCUGAGUUUUCCCGCCAGGAUAUCGCCCAAAACUUCGAAAGAAAGUGUCAAUAUCCAUCAAGUCAGCCCUACUAUCACGCCAACUCUCAGCAACAAUUCGUUGACAAAAAACAACGAUUUUGGAAUGAACAACAACAACAAUUCUUCGUUGAACGAAGUGAAUCAAAUAUACUCUGAUCCCGAAUCUGAGAAGGCUAUUAUGAGCUCAGUGGUCUACUGCAUUCAUCACAAAGAAGGCUGUAAAUGGUCCGAUGAGCUGAGGAAAUUGAAGGGACAUCUGAAUACUUGUAAACACGACGCCAUUCCUUGUACGAGUAAGUGUGGGGCGCAAAUUCCCAGGGUGCUCAUGGAAGACCAUCUCAAGUACACUUGCCCUCAGAGAAGGACUAGGUGUGAAUUUUGUAACAAGGAAUUUACCGGACAUGCUUUAGAGAACCAUUGCGGAAACUGCGGCUACGAACCCCUCUACUGUGAAAACAAGUGCGGCAUCAAGGUGCAACGCAGACAUCUGAGUCCACACAAGGCUGCCGAUUGCUCCAAACGACUCAUCCCCUGCAGGUACUGCGCCAAGGAGUUCGUGGCCGACACCUUGGCAGCGCACCAUUUGAAAUGCGGCCGGGUGCCCAUCCAAUGUCCCAACCGGUGCGACGCCAGUGUUCUGGCCAGGGAGGAAUUAGAGACCCAUAUCAAAGAGGAGUGCACCAUCUCGGUACACAGCUGCAGCUUCAAGGAGGCCGGGUGUCGCUUCAAAGGAUCAAAGAAGACCAUGGAGAAGCACCUGGAGGAGAGCUGCCAGCAGCACCUGUCGCUGAUGUGCGGAGUCGUGUCAAAGCAGCAGCACCAGAUCAACUCGCUGAAGAGCGCUCUGUCGAGGUUGUCGCUCAACUACUCCGGGACCCUGAUCUGGAAGAUCAGCGAUUUCGCGGGGAAGAUGGGCGAGGCCAAGAACAAGGAGGGGAUGGAGUUGGUCUCGCCGCCUUUCUACACUAGUCAAUAUGGGUACAAACUGCAGGCUUCAUUGUUCCCGAACGGAAACGGAGCAGGAGAGGACUCUCACAUCUCAGUCUACAUAAAAAUUCUGCCCGGAGAGUACGACGCCCUCCUGCGGUGGCCCUUCGCCCAUUCCGUUUCCUUCACCCUGUUCGACCAGUCCUCCUGCCCGGAAAAGGCCUGCAACAUCGUGGAGAGCUUCAUCCCCGAUCCCACGUGGAAGAAUUUCCAGAGGCCCAGUCUGGAGCCGGAUUCCUUAGGUUUCGGCUUCCCGAAAUUCGUUUCGCACGAGAUGCUCAAGAAGAGGCACUUCAUGAAAGACGACACCAUGUUUAUCAGGGUCAAGGUCGAUCCUAGUAAGAUCGUGGCCGUUUGAUCGGAUAGUUUGUUGCUUCUCCCUGAUGAUCUCAUUUUUGUUUGUAGAUAUUGUAAAAAAUGUACAUUCGGAAAUAGUCACUGUUAUAUAUUCAGGAAUUGGAAACACUCUAGACAGACAGCACGUUUCAUUGAAAAUUAAAAGAUUGAUAGUGUGAGGAGGUUAUUGGUACCAGCGUCAAUCUAAGUUUUAACAGAAACUCACCAGAUGUGAUUUCGUACCCAAUUAGUCAUUGAAACAUCGUGGAGAGGUUCAUUCCCGACCACACGUGGAAGAAUUUCCAUAGGCCGGAUUCGUUAGGUUUCGGCUUUCCAAAUUCGUUUCGCUCGAGACGCUUAAGAAGAGGUACUUCAUGAAAGACGACACCAUAUUCAUCAGGGUCAAGGUCGAUUCUAGUAAGAUCGUGGCAGUAUGAUAGGAUGGUGUGUCGGUUCCCUGAUGCUCUAAAGAGUCACCACGUUCCAUUGGGAUUUAUAAGGUUGAUCGAUCUUCAGGGGGUUAGGUAUUUUUAUCUGUUCAUUUAUUAUAGGCACCAGCGUCAAUCGCAUUGUUUUCAGGAAUUCUUCAGAUACGAUUAUGAAUUAGAGUCAUAUUCAAAAUUGAUUAUCGAAUAGCGAAACACUUUUUGGAUGCCCAUGAAAAAGAGUUUCGCUAAUCAUAUAUAUUCCUUUCAUCGAGAUGUCGUGAAACACUUAUACGUACUUAUCCAAACUGAAUGAUGAUUAUGAGAUUAUCAAAAAGAAGCACAUCAUGGAAGACGACACCAUGUUCAUCAGGGUCAAAGUCUAGCUGUUUGAUCGGAUAGUCUUUCGGUUCCCUGUUGAACUCAUUUUUGUUUGUAUAUAUCGUAUAAUAAAAUGUUUAUUUUCAUAGUCAUGCAUCGAAAACACUAUCUGUGGAUUUUAUUUCGUCUGGACACUUAUUGGCACCAGCGUCAUUACCACCUGUUCGGGUGAACAUGAAAAAUCCCAAUUCGGUGGACAUAUUUUCUUCAAACA